CACCACAAGCUGAGAAAAAAAGGCUUACAGGCAGCUCAGUGUCUCCACCCAUUCUCACAUUUAUAUAGUGUUUGUCAGUAAGAGCCUACUGAUUGUCUUCAUGAUGACUACCAUCUCUCUGCUCCUGCUGGCCUCUCUGCUGCCACACCUGACCUUCACUGCUCAUGUGGAUGUUGGUAUAGUGAACGGCACAGAAGCAAAACCCCACUCCAGACCUUUCAUGGUUUCUCUUCAGAAGAAAUGGCGACAUAUCUGUGGUGGAUUCCUCAUUUCUGAUAGAUUUGUUAUGACUGCUGCGCAUUGCUGGAAAAAUGAGAAACUAACAGCUGUGGUUGGCGCUCAUGACCUAAGACAGAAUGAAGGGCCUGUCCGCAUUGGUGUGAAGUCCUACCACAUGCAUCCAGACUUCAACAAGUACACUUUGCAGAACGACAUUAUGCUUUUGAGGCUAGAGAAAGAAGUCGAACAAAACAAGAAUGUCAUGAAGAUUUCCAUACCAAAAAAUGAGAGAGACAUUAAAGAUGAUCCUGUUUGCAGUGUUGCCGGCUGGGGAAGACUGAAUUUUAAAGGGAAAAAGAGUUUUCGUCUCAUGGAAGCAGAAGUGAAGAUCAUGAAUAACACUGAAUGCAAAAAUAAAUGGAAAGACAAAUUCUCAGCCUCACAGAUGAUGUGUGUCUACGGCGAUGGAGGAAGCUGUAGUGAGGAUGGAGGAGGUCCUUUGGUUUGUAAAGACACUGCAGUCGGUGUCACUUCCUUUGGUGACCCAAAAAUCUGCAAUAGUCAUGAACGACCUGUAGUUUAUAUAAAGAUUUCACCAUAUAUUCCAUGGAUCUGCUCCGUUAUUGCAAAUGUUGAGUGAUUUUUGCAAUGAAACAGAAUGAAGUAUUUGUUUAAAUGUUCAAUAAACAAACUAUGUGUAACA